AACCAAUUGCCCAACUUGCAUGCGCGCAAAUCAGCUUCGAACCAAAAACAAACAAAGCUCUACAUGUGGAUGUGGUGACUAUACAAAGCUGCCACGCAGCGCAGGGCGUCCGUCUUCGUGGACCGCAAACAACUUCUUCCCUUGACUGCUCUGAUCCCUCUCCCAGUGCCAUGGCAGGGGACGCCGACGCUCGCUUCCUCCUCGUCGUAUGCUUCGUCGCCUCAAUCCUCUUGCCGUCGCGGGCGCAGCCGGCCACGCCGACGGAGGUCAAGGUGGGGUUCAUCAUCGACGCCGGCUCGCCGGUCGGCAAGAUCGCCACGACCACCAUCCCCAUGGCCCUCGAGGACUUCUACGCCGCCUACCCCAAUUCCUCCGCUCGGGUGCGGGUCCUGCAGCACGACUCCGGCGGAGACGUCGUCGCGGCUGCGUCCGCCGCGUUGCAGCUGAUGACGGCCCAGGGAGCGCGCGCCAUCCUCGGCCCGCAGUCGUCCGUCGAGUCGGCCUUCGUCGCCGACCUCGCCACCCAGGCGGAGCUCCCCGUCGUGUCCUUCUCCGCUACUAGCCCGUCGGUGUCGCCUGCCACGGCGAGGUUCUUCGCCCGCGCCGCGCUGAGCGACGCGUUGCAGGCCGACGCCAUCGCCGCGCUCGCCACGUACUUCGGGUGGCGCCGCGUCGUGCCCAUCUACCAGGACGACGACUACGGCGCCGCUUUCGUGCCCUUCCUCGUCGACGCCCUCACCGCCGAGCGCACCGAGGUUCCCUACCGAUGCGCGCUCCCGGCCGCGGCGUCGAACGACGCCAUCGCCGCGGCGCUGUUACGCAUGGAGUCGGAGCAGACGCGCGUCUUUGUGCUGCACACGCGUCCCGGGCUCGCGAAGAACGUGUUCAUCGCCGCCAUGGAAGCCGGCAUGAUGGACGAGGGCUACGUGUGGGUCAUCACCGACGGGCUCACGGGCCUCCUUGGCUCGGUCGACCCGCCGCAGGGCGUCAUCGGGCUGACGCCCUACGUGCCGACCACGACGCGGCUGCGCGAGGUCAAGAAACGAUGGGCGCACCGGUACAUGCGCGACCACCGGCACGCCGACCCGGCGGAAGCCGUGAUGGGCUGCUACGCUCUGUGGGCGUACGACGCCGCGUGGGCCAUCGCGUCCGCGGCAGAGCGACUCAGCUCCAGCGACUUAUUAUCAUCGCCACCGGGGCUGGUAGGCGGCGCCGGCGGCCCGACCGACAUCGCCGGGCUGGGGAAGUCAAGAUCGGGCCCCAGCUUCCUCCGAGCCAUCAGCAGCACGAAGUUCGAUGGCCUGGGAGGCAAGUUCGAGCUCAUCAACGGCGAGCUCGCGGUGCCGGCGUUCCAGGUGGUGAACAUCAUGGACAACGGAAAAGAGAGGGGGAUCGGGUUCUGGACGGCUCUGCACGGGCUGAGCCGGUAUCUGGACCGCGGUUCGAACGAAUCGAGCGGCGAGCUCCGGCCGGUGAUCUGGCCGGGAGAUUCGACGGUCCGGCCGAGAGGGUGGGUGCAGCCGACGAGCGCGCGGAAGCUGCGGGUGGCGGUGCCGGGGAACGUGUCGGACAGCUACAAGCUGAUCCUGCGGCCGGAGGUGGAUCCGGAGACGAACGAGACAACGGCCAGCGGCUUCGUCAUCGAGGUGUUCGAGGCGGCGGUGCGGCUGCUGCCCUACGCUCUGCCGUUCGAGUACGUCAAGGCGGCGUCCAUGCCCUACGACGAGCUUGUCAAGGCGGUUGGCAAUGGGACGUUCGACGCGGCGGUGGCAGACAUCACCAUGACGGCGAACCGUUCGGUAUCCGUCGAUUUCACGCUGCCAUACACGGGGACGGCCAUCGCCAUGGUGGUGCCGGUGCGCGACCAUCGGAGCAGCAAGCGGACGUGGAUCUUCCUCAAGCCGCUCCGCUACGACCUCUGGAUCGUCAGCACCGCCUUCUUCCUCUUCACCGGCUUCGUGGUCUGGGCCAUCGAGCACCGCGGCAACGAGGACUUCCGCGGCCCGCCCUCCUACCAGCUCGGCACCCUCCUCUACUUCGGCUUCUCCACGCUCGUCUUCGCCCACCGGGAGACGCUCAAGAGCAACCUCUCGAGGUUCGCCGUGCUGGUGUGGGUCUUCGUCGUGCUCAUCCUGCAGUCUAGCUACACGGCGAGCCUCACGUCCAUGCUCACGGUGCCGCAGCUGGAGCCCACCGUCGCCAACUACAACGAGCUCCGGUGGAGCACGGCGAACGUCGGGAUCAUGAACAACUCCUUCAUGAAGGCGGCCAUGACUAAGGCGGGGUUCCCGCCGGACAGGAUCAAGCGGUACCCGGACCCGACCAGCUUCCACGAGGCGCUGCUCAAUGGCAGCAUCGGCGCCAUUGUGAACGAGACGCCCUACCUCAAGAUCUUCCUCAAGACCUACGGCAGCAACUUCACCAUGACCCCGCAGCUCAACAGGACCGGCGGCUUCGGCUUCGCCUUCCCCAAAGGGUCGCCGUACGUGACGGACCUGUCCAAGGCGAUCCUGAAGCUCACAGAGAGCGACGAGAUGAACAUGAUCGAGCGCAAGUGGUUCGGCGACGCCGACGAUGACGGUGCCAUGCAGGAUGGAUUCACGUCCAACAGCCUCAGCUUCAACAGCUUCUGGGGCCUGUUCCUCAUCACCGGCGCCACCUCGCUCCUCUGCUGCGUUGCCCACCUCGCCAACUUCGUCGCGACCAGCCGACGGGAGCUCCCGCCGCAUUUGUCAUGGAAGGACCGGCUCUGGAUGUUGUUCAAGCUCUUCGACGACAGGGACCCCUCGUCGCACACCUUCAGGGUCAAGGACGACGGCGGCGGCGUGUCCGUAAGGAACGGCGCCGUUGCCUCACCUCGGGUCGCGCACAGUGAGCUCGGCAGCCCGCUCAGCGCACCGUACACGAGCGAGUGGUCGGGGACGGCAAGCCCAGCGGCCGGUGAGAUCGAGCUUGCCGCCGGUGGACAGGAGAGGGAUGAGGCGGCUCCCAAUCCUGACGGCUCUGGAGAGAAUGGCAGAGGCCCUUAAACCUUGGCUGGUUAACUGCGGCUCUUCGACUUGAUUAUCUUGCAGCGAACCGACGAUUAAUAAUUGUUCGAUGCUCCAUGUGUGGUAAGGGAUUGCGAUGACGAUGGAUAGAUUGACUGUAGUGAGUAGUGGAGAAUUACUCGUGUACACUGUAGGCGAGCAACUGUAAAUUGUAAAAAUCGUACUACCACUACAGGAAAAUCAGGUUUACCGUGUGACAAGCUAUAAAUUGUGUUUUUUUUUAUA